AUGGACUCGCCACCGAGCUCGAUGCGUUCGAACCGAUCCGAAUUCCGAGCCGCGACCUCAUCUACCGAAAUCUGGCGCGGUUCGCUUCGUGGCCGGGCCGUUGCCAUCAAGCGGCUCCUUCCGAAUCGCGGCAGCGUCGAAGACAUUCGCAGCUUCAUCGCCGAACUCGAGCUCAUGAACCGGUUCCAGUGCCCGCAGAUCGUCGCUUUGCACGGUGUUGCGUGGACUCGACCUCGUGACCUCGCCGCCGUCCUCGAGCUCAUGGACCUCGGCGACCUCAAAGCCCACUUGGCGUCCCAUGGUCGCUUGGACUGGACCUGGAAGCUCCGAGUCCUCCGAGAUGUGGUGGACGCCCUUGUGUACAUGCACUCGAUGAACAUCAUCCACCGCGACCUCAAGUCGCGCAACAUUUUGCUGGACACGACCAAGGGCGCCAAAGUGAGUGAUUUCGGCGUCUCAAAAGAAGACUUUCAGGAGACCAUGACCAUGAGCGUUGGCACGUACCGGUGGAUGGCGCCCGAGAUUCUGAAAGACGACCACUACACAGUUGCUGCCGACAUCUUCUCGCUGGGAAUGAUUCUGUCGGAGCUGGACACGCACGAGAUUCCGUAUGCGAACGCGAUGAAUCCGACGACGAACAAGCCGUAUGUGGACACUGCGAUCGUGGGUCUCGUCAUCGCAGGGUCGAUCCAGCCGACGUUCACCGUCUCGUGUCCGGCGUGGGUCCGUCAGCUCGCCAAACAGUGCUUGAUGUACAACCCAAACGACCGACCGUCAGCACCAGAGGUAGCGUUUUCGUUGUCGUCAACGUUGUAA